GCAACGUAAACAUGAUCACAAACAGGACGUUAACUAUGAGGGCAUUGUUCACACUUGCGGACAAUCACCAUCACGUGAUCAUGACCCUACCCGGACACAUCUCCAUUUCAUCUUGUCAUCACUGCUCGAGUCGUGAAGACGUUCAUUUUUGUUAAACAGAAUGAACUUCAAGAAGCAGCUGGUCGGACUCCAGAUAGCGUUUAUACUGAUAUCUGCUGCUCCCGGAUAUGCAACAGUCUUCUAUCACUACACCAACCAAGCUGGUGUUGACGGCAUAAAACAAAGUGGUUUUAUUAAACAGAGUACGAAUCCGAGACAUGCCCACUUUGGAACAGGAGUGUACGGCACUGGUCUGAGCCCAGCCCACGGCAAGGAGGCAAUAGCGAAGAACAAUUACCAAAACGGCUGGAAGGCGAAUAUGAACGCUGGACGAGUAGAUUAUGCUUUCGAGUUCAACCUACCCAGUAAUAGGGUGGAAUCACAUACUCCCAAAGGUCGUAAUAUAUUGUUGUACAAGGGAGGGAACCUUAUUCUUAGUGAUUAUAAUUAUACCGUGGAGAAGACUCCAUAUGAUGUAAUGUUCGGGUCCCCUGGGUCUUUCGCAGAUACGUUUGCUUCGUGCAAUCAAUGUAUUGUCAUCAAUGCCUUAAUGGCAAUUGUCAUCAUUAAGAUGUACUAAAUCGUAUGUGUAUUGCCUUUGGCACAUUGCAUAACAAACCUCGUUCCAGAGGUUUAAGGCGAAAAGAUAUAAAAAAAAUUUAAAUAACAUGAAAUGACUCUUGCAAAAUAUACGAAAACACAUAUUUGCACGGAUUUACCUUUUUCACAGAGGCAUGCAUGUCACACAUGUGCCUUUAAUGAAAUUGUCUGGUGUGCAGAUUUGACAUAUGCAGACACGUUCUAAUAAGUCCUCUUUUAAGGCCAAUUAAAACUUGGUAAUCGGAAUAUUCGUAGGUAUCUCCACCCUCCCUUCACAUCAUAGCGGGACAUUAUGAAAGGUUUUAUAGUGGAGGAGGUACACACAAUCUCGCACGCACACAUACACACCCUUUUGAAGCACACUCAUCAUAUUGGCUUGUACAAAAAUUAGCUAUUAAUUGACUAAUGUGUGGGUAAUAAUUUCAAAAUGCAUCCUGAAUCAUAUAUUUUGGCAUUUAAAUUCUUCCUCACCCUUCCAUAACCCAGCAUCCGCGUUUGGACCGAGGAGAUGGUAAACACUGGGAGUCGCCAUUGUGGAGAGGUUCACGGAAAUGACCUUUGUACCGAAGAUGACCUUUGUGCUGGAAGUGAACAUUAGUGUAUAGACCUAUCGGCACGUGAAACCUGGUGAAAGUACUUCUGACUGUACAUUCAGAUUGCGGCUGGGUGGAUCAAGCCUACAACAGGGACAUUUGUGUGUUGGUUUCAUCAUAUUUCACUGGACAUUACGUAUCAAGUUUGAUUGUUACGACAGACCGUCCUGGCCAUGCGCCUUGAAGUCGUCGAACGUGCUUUUCGGAUCAGGUUAUUUACAAAAAUGUAAUACAUUGUUCGUGGAUAGUGCCCUCUUGUAAAAUUCUUCUGAUGUCCGUGCUGUAAGCCACCGUUGGCACAUUGUCACAUUUUUGUGUCCACAUGUAAACAAUAAACUUGUGUGCAGAA